AUGGCUUUCAAAUUCAUUAUCCUCGCAACAGUUUUGGCUUACGCCAACGCAGGUAAUCUGAUUGCCAGUUCUCUAUCAGCGGCACCCUUAGCUUAUGCCAGCCCAGUGAUUGCAAAAGUUUCAGCGCCAGUCGCUGUAGCCAGAGCUGAGCCAUACGAUCCUAAUCCUCAAUACCAAUUCGGCUACAAUGUCGAAGAUGCACUCACUGGUGAUUCAAAAAGCCAAGUAGAAACCCGAAGUGGAGAUGUAGUGCAAGGUCAAUACUCCUUGAACGACCCUGAUGGUACAAGACGUACCGUUGACUACACAGCCGACCCCAUCAAUGGAUUCAACGCUGUUGUUCGCAAAGAACCCUUGGUAGCCAAAGCUGUAGUUGCUGCUCCAGCUGUGGCUGCUGUACGUACUGCUCCAGUUUUAUCUGCGGCUCCUCUGAUCCGCUCAGCUCCACUUAUAUCGCAACCAGCCUUCUCCGCCCCUUUGAUACGUUCCGCACCACUUUUGGCUCAACCAGGAUAUGCCACUACACUGCUCCGUUCCUCUCCAAUACUUGCUCAGCCUGCCUAUGCCUCACCAGCACUUUUGAGAUCUUCUCCUAUCUUAUCUGCUGCUCCAGCACUAGGAUAUUCCACCGCUUACGGUAAACUUGCUGGACCUCUUGGAUACUCUACACUCAUUCAUUAGAUUUCUACCUGAAGACAUGUUACCAUUUAAUUAGUUUAAAGAUUUUA